CGGCCGGCGGCGCGCGCGCAGCACCCGGCAUGCAGCGGGCGGCGGGCUCGCUCCAAGAUGGCGGCGCCGCUGGAGGAGUACGAGAAGGAGGCGGGCUGCGUGCCCAUCCUGCACCCCGAGGAAAUAAAGCCUCAAAGUCAUUACAACCAUGGAUAUAGUGAAUCUCUUGGACGAAAAAGCCACAUUGAUGAUUACAGCACUUGGGACAUUGUCAAAGCCACACAGUAUGGAAUAUAUGAACGAUGUAGAGAGUUGGUGGAAGCAGGUUAUGAUGUACGACAACCAGACAAAGAAAACGUAACGCUUCUCCACUGGGCUGCAAUCAACAACAGGAUAGAUCUGGUGAAAUACUAUAUAUCAAAAGGUGCUAUCGUUGAUCAGCUUGGAGGAGAUUUAAAUUCUACCCCACUUCACUGGGCAACAAGACAGGGUCACUUAUCCAUGGUUGUACAGCUGAUGAAAUAUGGCGCGGAUCCGUCGCUAAUUGAUGGAGAAGGAUGUAGCUGUAUUCAUUUGGCUGCCCAGUUUGGACAUACUUCAAUUGUUGCUUACCUGAUAGCAAAGGGACAGGAUGUGGAUAUGAUGGAUCAAAAUGGAAUGACACCUCUAAUGUGGGCAGCUUACAGAACGCAUAGUGUGGAUCCAACGCGAUUGCUACUUACAUUUAAUGUUUCUGUUAAUCUUGGAGACAAAUAUCACAAAAACACAGCAUUGCACUGGGCUGUGCUAGCGGGAAAUACUACAGUUAUUAGUCUUCUGUUAGAAGCUGGAGCUAAUGUUGAUGCUCAGAAUAUAAAGGGAGAAUCACCACUUGAUCUAGCAAAACAGAGGAAAAACGUUUGGAUGAUCAAUCACCUACAGGAAGCAAGACAGGCUAAGGGAUAUGACAGUCCAUCCUUUCUGAGAAAACUAAAAGCUGAUAAGGAAUUCCGUCAGAAGGUGAUGCUGGGAACUCCUUUCCUAGUUAUUUGGCUGGUUGGGUUCAUAGCAGACCUAGACAUUGAUUCUUGGCUCAUUAAAGGGCUGAUGUAUGGUGGCGUUUGGGCUAUGGUGCAGUUUCUUUCAAAGUCAUUCUUUGAUCACUCUAUGCACAGUGCAUUGCCUCUUGGAAUAUACUUGGCAACAAAAUUCUGGAUGUAUGUGACGUGGUUCUUCUGGUUUUGGAAUGAUCUCAAUUUUUUCUUUAUACACCUUCCAUUCCUUGCUAAUAGUGUUGCACUUUUCUACAAUUUUGGAAAAUCCUGGAAAUCUGAUCCGGGAAUCAUCAAAGCCACAGAAGAACAAAAGAAAAAGACAAUAGUAGAACUUGCAGAGACGGGAAGUCUGGACCUCAGUAUAUUCUGCAGUACAUGCUUGAUACGGAAGCCAGUGAGGUCCAAACACUGUGGUGUAUGCAAUCGAUGUAUAGCAAAGUUUGAUCACCACUGCCCGUGGGUGGGUAACUGCGUAGGAGCAGGGAACCAUCGCUAUUUUAUGGGAUACCUGUUCUUCCUCCUAUUUAUGAUCUGCUGGAUGAUUUAUGGAUGUAUCUCUUACUGGGGUUUCCACUGUGAGACAAGUUACGCAAAGGAUGGAUUUUGGACCUAUAUUACACAGAUUGCUACCUGUUCUCCUUGGAUGUUUUGGAUGUUUCUAAACAGUGUUUUUCACUUCAUGUGGGUGGCUGUGUUACUCAUGUGUCAGAUGUAUCAGAUAUCUUGCUUAGGAAUCACUACAAAUGAAAGAAUGAAUGCAAGACGAUACAAGCACUUUAAAGUUACAACCACGUCUAUUGAAAGCCCAUUCAACCAUGGAUGUAUAAGGAACAUUAUAGACUUCUUUGAAUUCAGAUGCUGUGGUCUUUUUCGGCCUGUCAUCGUGGACUGGACAAGGCAGUACACAAUUGAAUAUGACCAAACUUCAGGAUCAGGCUACCAGCUAGUGUAGCACCACCUUUGUCCUGUGAGCAUAUCAUAUCUGAGUGGUGCCUGAAAAUUUUUCUCUCUCUCUCUCGAAUCCACAUCCCUUGAAGAGUAGCAUGCUAUGUGUAGGGCUGGUGAUGAAUCUUAAGGUACCUUCUCUUCAUCAGAGUUUUAUUAACAAGAGUGAAAAUGGACAGAAUAAACUGCCAAACCUGAUAAGGAAGAGGAGGAAGAUCAAAAAGGGAUUUUAACAGUUCUUAACAUGAGAAUUAUUCGCAACAGCAUAUUCACAGUAUUUGUUGUUGUUUUUUUAUUUAAGAUCUUUCACAAUGGAGCAUGAGUUUAUUGAAGUAUUGACAUAAGUAGUUAUGUUGUGCUGAGCAGAAAAAUUCAUUUCCCAAUAUGAAUAAUUCCACUGAAACAAGAAUUUAGAAUAUAAAGCUAAAUUUCAUGAUGCAGAGUUCACUGAUCGCUAUGGUGUAGUUCCUGUAAUGUGAUUUUUUUAAUACAGAUUUUCUGUAGUAUUAUGUACAUUGAAAAAUGUGCUUUUCAAUACUGUGAAAAACAUCAUGUGGUGGGAAUCCCCUGUAAUGUGUUACGUUAGAGCAGUAGGGCACAUCAGAUAAUGGUUCUAAAAAGAAAAAAGAACUGCCCACAUUUUUUGGUGAAUGUUACUGUCACCAGUUACUGGUACAGCUAAAUACUUGUAAAGGCCCUGUUCUGAGAUUAUGUAGUCUGAAAUGAAUGAUUGUGCAAGUAAGAAAAGCUCUUCUGUCAAAGUUAAAGCCCUGCUUAAAUGCAUGAUAUACCUGUAAAGCUAGUUCAGGAAAAAAAAAAAGUGGAAAAACUUCAUUAUCUUUGAAGUAAAUGUAUAAACAAUUUACAGAGUAGCAAUGUUUCAUUACUAGGUUUGGUCCCCAUACAGUACAGUGUAGUGUAAUUGCAGACACGUUCAAAGAGAAAUUGCAUGGGGGAAACCAAAGGUGUGAGAGCAAAAAUCUCAGUUAUAAAAAGACAAGAUGAAAUGGUUUUUAAUUGACUGCAACUGCAGAAGAAGAAACUAGAGUCAUCUGAAUUAUACUUACUUUGUUUGGAAGUAAAAUGAUGGAAAACUUAAAAAAAAAAAAAAAGUCCAAAAUAGCACAUGCACAUAGAAAAUGUAAUGCAACAUU